ACGCUUACACUCUAUUGCCUGUUACAAAGAUACCGUGACCGUAGCAUUAGUUUCGUUUAUUUCAUGAGAAUAUAAAGGACGGCGGGGAUCAUGUCGAUCAUUUAAUUACCAGAUAAGCUGAGACUGUACAUACCGAUUUAUAUUUCUAACCGUUUAAAUAUAAAGUCGAUCAGCUGCCCCUCUCUCGGUGUCCAUGUUCAAAGGUCUAUCAAUCUUUUUCGAUAACGAUGCGACACAGUGCUUAUCUUUUAAUUGUGCUUCACGAAAGACUUCCCUCUGAGCUACCAUCUGUUUUGAUAAAGUUCCAUUCAGAGAAAUAAAACAAUACGAGAAAAUAUUUUGGGGAAAAAAGUGUUCAAAUCAAGUACCGAAGCAGGAGCAGGAAUCGGCACCGAGUAUAAUAGAAUUGGUUACGCAGAACUCACUGUUUUACCACUGUCAACAAAGAAAUCGUCGUAAACGAACGGUGUACAGUGGAAGCGGUAUAGAAGCCAAUGGCAGAUCAUGAAGUUGUCAAAUCGAAAAGAUAUACGUAUACGUGGAUGUAUCUCGUAAUGAUAGGUGUACGAUGAUAUAUAAGAGGGAAAAGAUCAUGGAAGUGAACGAAUUAACUGUCACGUUGGGCUGUCGCAUUUCAAGCUGGAUUUGGGAAUGGUUUAGCUGGUCUGGCACAUCUUCAACUAUGUUACGUGCUGCGGAGAAGAAAAUUCUUUCAUGUUUGAGGACCGCGUAUCGAGGAUGGUACGUCGACAUAGGCCCGGUCGUGGGAACGUCUGAUAAAAUUUGGACCAUUUCCCUCAACGAGGAAUCGCCAAAGAUACCGAUCGUCCUGCUACAUGGCUUAGGAGCAGGAGUAGCGUUAUGGUGUCUAAAUCUCGAUGCACUGGCAUCUCAAAGGCCAGUGUAUGCCAUUGACAUACUAGGCUUCGGCAGAAGCAGUCGCCCCGUUUUCAGUAACGAAGCGCACGUGGCUGAGAAUCAGCUGGUCCGUUCCAUCGAGGAAUGGAGGAGGGAAAUGCAAUUAGAUAAAUUCGUUCUGUUGGGUCAUUCGAUGGGCGGUUUUCUAGCGGCCUCGUACAGUAUGCAACACCCGGAAAGGAUCAAGCAUCUGAUCCUUGCCGACCCGUGGGGCUUCCCUGAAAGACCCGUAGAACGAAUCGCGAGGGCACCCAUGUGGGUGAAAGUUAUAGCGUACAUAAUUGAACCGUUGAACCCGCUGUGGCCGGUGAGGGUAGCAGGGCCGUUCGGGCAAUGGUUGAUCGAGAAAACGAGGCCGGAUAUAGUGAAAAAAUUUGCGCCUGUACUGAAGGAGGACACGGCCGUGGUUUCGCAAUAUCUUCAUCAAUGCAAUGCCCAGACACCGUCGGGCGAGGGUGCAUUUCAUGCGAUGAUGCAACACUUCGGUUGGGCUAAAAAUCCUAUUGUAAGAAGAAUGGACAAGAUAAAUCCCGAGAUCCCCAUAACUCUACUGUAUGGCAGUCGAUCUUGGGUCGACAAUUCGUCUUGGGAAACACUGAAGCUAGCUAGAUCCUCGUCUUACAUCAAUGUUCAGGCGAUAACGGGAGCUGGGCAUCACGUUUACGCCGACAAGAGUGAAAUUUUCAAUAAAUACGUACUGGAAGCGUGCAAUGUGACCGAUUCGAUGUCCCAUUUGACAUCGUCGAACGUUCGUCCGAACGUUAAACCGUUAAGCGAGCAAGACGUGACGCUUGCUUUGCCGGAGGGUCUGGUUGACACGAAGGCCGUGCAGGAACAGGAAUUGAACACGACGCAAACACGAUCUAGUUGAAACUUAGCUUAAAACCUUUAGCGCUGAAUCGUACUUGUUUGCUUUAACGCGCAGUCAAACUGCGUGACAUGUGGUUUAGAUUAGGUGUAUGCGUAUGUACAGCAAAACAUACCAAACAGCAAUCACGCGUUGACUAAUAUUAUUGUACAAUUUAAUUUCUAAUUUAUACGUUUUAUGCUGUUAAUUUUGUAAUUUAUAACACGUUCACGAUCGUUCCGAACGUAACGGUACACUCGCUCCUUAGUUUAAGUUCACUAAUACAACGAUGCUCACUCGCCGCAUCACUCGAAUCGCCGAAUCCCGAAUGAAUCAGAUGCCAAUACUUUUCUUACGAUUAGCGUCACGAUUCCCUCUUUUACGAAUGUAAGUACAAACGUGCACUUUAAUGUAGGUAAAUCCUAAGGAACAGUAACGGUAGGAUUUUCACGCGACUAUUUGUCAUUGCAGAAGCGAGUGAUAUUCGAUCGAAUCGAAUUAACGAUGGGAUCAAUAAUUUGGAUGAUAAACAUCAUGUUGUAAAUCCUAGUGGAAAAAUUGUACGUUCUGUACAGAUGUAAUAUAGAAUAAAAUUACCUGUGAAACUGA